AUGGCAGAAGAAUACAAUCCUGAAGUAGAGGGAGGAUCCCAGAACACUUCCUGGAACUUGAACCGGCGUGAGGCAGUUUCCAAUACCCUGUCUCUGGAGGGGCUGCUCUGCAGAUUGAGGGCCAUUUGCACCAAGCAGGAUGAUAAGUUUGCUGAUGUCCUGGAUGCAGUGGGGGAGUUUGGCACUUUCCAGCGGAGGCUGGUGGCCCUCACUUUUAUCCCCAACAUCGUGGCAGGCUUCUUCAUGUAUACGGACCUGUUUGUGUUUGAAAAUGACAAGCCAUAUUGCAACACCAGCUGGAUCCUGGCAGUGGGCCCCAACCUGUCAGAGGCAGAGCAGCUGAAUCUGACGCUGCCCCGAGAUCCCAGUGGCAGUUUUCUGACAUGCCUCAUGUACUUACCUGUGCCCUGGAAUCUAUCUUCUAUUAUCCAGUUUGGCCUCAACACAACAGAGGCUUGCCAAGAUGGGUGGAUCUAUCCUGGCAACACCAAGCGAUCACUGAACAUAGAGUUUGACCUGGUGUGUGGCUUGGAGCAGAACACGAUCACUGUAAAGACCAUGUUCAUGGCAGGGAUCCCGACAGGCUGUAUCUUCUUUGGGCUCUUAAGUGACAGGUUUGGCCGCCACCCUGCCAUCCUGCUGUCACUGCUGGGGCUGGUCAUCUUCGGCUUUGGGACAGCCUUUGUGAACAGUUUUCAGCAAUAUUUGUUCUUCCGCUUCUGUGUAUCACAGGCGAUGGUGGGCUAUGUCAUCUCCAGUACAUCCUUAGUUACUGAGUGGCUAGUAGGUGAGCACCGGGCCCAUGCCAUAAUCCUGGAACACUGCUGUUUGUCUAUGGGUAUCCUAUUGCUGGUGCUUCUUGCUUAUAAUCUUCCCCACUGGAGGCUGCUGUUUCUCCUGGCAGGGGCACCUGUGUUCCCCCUCCUCAUCUGUAUCUGGAUGGUCCCGGAGUCCCCUCGGUGGCUGAUGAUGACAGGGAAUGUGAAGAAGGCCAAGAAGGUGCUGUGCUAUGCAGCCAGUGUAAAUAAGAAGACCAUCCCUCUCACUCUGCUUGAUGAGCUGACCCUCCAUGGAAAGAAGGUGACUAAGGCUUCUCUCCUGGACUUUCAUAACAAUAAGCAAGUCUGCAACCUGAUUGUGGUGUUGGGCAUUGUGUGGUUUGCCGUCAGUUCCAGCUAUUUGAUUCUGAUUCUCAAGCUGAAAGAUCUUGGCAUGACCACCUACUUCACACAGGCGCAACGUGGCUUCGUGGAGGUGCCAGCCCGGCUGUGCUCAAUGUUUCUUAUGGAGCAGAUGAAGAAGAAGUGGAGCUUGGCUGUGACUCUCCUUCUAGGUGCUAUCCUUUGCCUGCUCUUCACUGUCCUCCCUGAAGGUCUGAUAUUCAUAAAGAUCCUGACGAUUGUGCUUGGAGAGUUCAGCCUGGGUGCUGCUUGUACUGUCUUGUUCAUCUACAAUGCUGAGCUCCUCCCCACCGUCCUCAGGGCCACAGGUCUGGGGCUCACAUCUUUGGUCAUUGGGGUUGGAUUCAGCUCAUUCCUGGUAAUCAUUGACCAGACCUCCUCCCACCUGCCUGCCUUUCUCUGCUGCGUCUCAGCCAUCCUGGCCACUAGCUUCUCCUAUCUGCUGCCAGAAAUGCAAGAUCACCCCUUCUCUGACAACCAGGAUUACUUCCUACGAAAGAGGAGAACCAUCCCUGCUGGGCGUUGUGCCAAAGAGCCCAUCAUUAUCUCCCUGGACUUGGGUUCCCAGAAAGAUACGUCUCGGGGCUUAUUCUCUGAGGGCUCCGUCACAAGCAGAAAUGACAACAAGAUGACUGAGGACAACUUGUCUUGUGCUGGGACUAAGGAAGUGGACAAGAACACGAUUCUCAGUGCCCAGAUCCAGAGACUGGUCACACCCCCUCCCUCUAAUAAUGCCGUGGAGCAAUUGAGACAAUCAGAAGACAACAAUCAGGCUCCCUGA